AUGACAGGGCAUCUCUACCAGCGCCUGCAGCCCGAACUGCAGAUCUGUGUUCUGGAACUUUUGAGCCAAGGCGACCUUGCCAAUGUUUGUCUCGUGAGCAGAGAGUUUUACAAUCUGGCCAACAAAAUCCUGUAUAAAACCAUCGAUUUAGCAUGCCAUUAUCCGGAGCCGACCUGGAAGAAGACUGGCGGAAUCGAGACCAGUGGCCCGGCACCACCAUGGAAAGGGCCCGGCGACCAGGGCUUCAAGCGCUUGUCCCAUUACCUUAGCUCCGCAACAGGAGUUGUCGAAGCCGUCGGGGAUUGCUUCCCGGCCGAUUUGUACGAGAGGCAAUUCUUUUUAAUACGCACGCUUGUAAAGUUGAAUCCAGCCCUCGGCCACCACGUCAGGCAGCUGAGAUGGACUGCCGGCGUCCCCAUGUCUGACGAAACUCAGGAGAGAUGGUGCGAACCUUUAGACGAGUUAGACACGGAUACUAAAAUGACCAAGCAAGAAAUUGAGCAGUGCAGGCCAUGGCUUGAUUUUCCUUGGUGCAACGAUCUUCUGUGGAUGGCAUUUUCAGCCAUGACCAACGUGGAGCUGGUUGACAUUGCCUUCGCCUGUGAGGAGAGCAGAGAGAGGGCAAUACCGCCGCGUCUCUUUUCGACAGUCAAAUCUCUAAGGAUAGGCGGCAUUGCAUCAAGACGGCUCAUUAAAUCUCUCCUGGAAUCCACCGGUCAAGACACACUCCGAAGCCUCCAUCUGGCCAACCUGAACGAGUUUGCAGAGCUUAAAGGUGUCGACUCGGAUACGCCCUUUGAUGUUAUGCGCAAACUCAAUCGCACGACUCCACAAGAUGGGAUUCCCGGGCCGAUGCGAACUCAUUUAUGGCCGUUCUUGGGAAAAUGGAAAGGCCUCGAGGUUCUCACAGUGGAUACCGUUGCAGAGUCGGUCACGAUCACCGAGGACAUGAUGAGAGGUCGUUUCAGCCCUGGCUGGUAUGAUUCGAAGGAGGACGAAAGAUAUAGAGAAAUAGCGGAUUUCGUCGCGGCGAUGGCGCCCGGUUUGCGGUAUUUUAGAUUCCAGCAAAGUGUGACAAAUGUCCAAUGGCUCGAUGGGUGGUACAGACCACACACGCAACGAUGCGGCGCCAGGCACCCAUUUUCGGGGCAACUAGGAAGGCGUGCUAUGGAUGAGAGAUUCUGUCGGUACAUUCUCCCCACAAUCUUAAAAAGUGCUUGGGACCGCCUGCAGCGGAUGGAGAUUCUCGGUGUCGCCGGGUUCUCGACCGUCUCAUCCUCGAGACAAGUGAUCAAUCACGCUCUCGAUGAGGUUACAACGGCCAGUAUCGCAGCCGCCAUCAGACCCGACGUCUCACUUGCAAUUGAGCCAUACGCAACCAGGCCAUUCUGGCUUCCGCGUUCUGAAGUUAGCACGACGGGGUUGGAUUUUUUCGGAGAUGGUGAAGACAAUGAAGACGAUGAAGACGAUGAAGACGAUGAGCAGGAGGAGCCUGGUGAAGAGAGUAGUACUUUUGAUCUGAUGGAGUGGCUAUGCCGAAAGUCUCUAUCGAGAACUGCAGAAUAA